CGCAGCCCUCUGAGGUAUUCAAAUCGAUGGCGGGGCCGACGGUUGUGUGGGACUGCGCUGCCGCCGGCGUCUCGGGGGCUGAGUGUCGCCUUCCACCGCCAUGCCGGGCACCGGGCGCUGACAGACCUUCGGGCCUGGUGGGCGGAAUGGAGAAUCAGGGUGUGCCUCCCGGGCCUUAUCGGGCCACCAGGCUGUGGAAUGAAGUUACCACAUCUUUUCGAGCAGGAAUGCCUCUAAGGAAACACAGGCAACACUUUAAAAAAUAUGGCAAUUGUUUUACAGCAGGAGAAGCAAUAGACUGGCUUUAUGACCUAUUAAGAAAUAAUAGCAAUUUUGGUCCUGAAGUUACAAGGCAACAGACUAUCCAGCUACUGAGAAAAUUUCUUAAGAACCAUGUCAUUGAAGAUAUCAAAGGCAAAUGGGGAUCAGAAAAUCUUGAUGACAACAGUCAGCUAUUCAGAUUUCCUGCAAAUUCUCCACUUAAAACUCUUCCACGAAGGCAUCCAGAAUUGAGAAAAAACAGAAUAGAGAACUUUUCCAAAGAUAAAGAUAGUAUUUUUAAAUUACGAAACUUAUCUCGGAGAACUCCUAAAAAGCAUGGAUUACAUUUCUCUCAGGAAAAUGCAGAGAAAAUUAACUGUGAAAUAAUCAAUGAAGAUCAAGAGAACUCCGUUGAUAAUAGAGAAAUAAGCCAGAAAGAUGUUGAAGAAGCUUGGAGAUAUGUUAUUCUGAUCUACCUGCAAACAAUUUUAGGUGUGUCAUCCCUAGAAGAAGUCAUAAAUCCCAAACAAGUAAUUCCUCAAUGUAUAAUGUACAACAUGACCAAUACAAGUAAGCAUGGAGUAGUUAUACUGCAAGACAAAUCAGAUGACCUUCCUCACUGGGUAUUAUCUGCCAUGAAGUGCCUAGCAAAUUGGCCAAGAAGUAAUGAUAUGAAUAAUCCAACUUAUGUUGGAUUUGAACGAGAUGUAUUCAGAACAAUUGCAGAUUAUUUUCUAGAUCUCCCUGAACCUCUACUUACCUUUGAAUAUUAUGAAUUGUUUGUGAACAUUUUGGUUGUUUGUGGCUACGUCACAGUUUCAGAUAGACCCAGUGGGAUACAUAAAAUCCAAGAUGAUCCACAGUCUUCAAAAAUCCUUCACUUAAACAGUCUGAAUUCCUUCAAAUCAACUGAGUGUCUUCUUCUCAGUCUGCUUCAUAAAGACAAAAACAAAGAAGAAUCAGAUACUACUGAGAGACUGCAGAUAAGUGAUCAAGGAUUUCAAGAAAACGAUGCUAAGAAAAUGCAGCUAGUUAAUUUAAAAAACAGAAGAGCCAGUGUUAAUGACAUAAUGGGAGGAAGUUGUCAUAAUUUAAUAGGCUUAAGUAGUAUGCAUGUUCUAUCCUCUAGCAUCAAACCAAGGUGUUAUUCAUUAGAAGGAAUUGUAGAUUUACCAGGGAGUUCAAGUAAAGAGGUCUCCAGUGUCUUCCAUCAAUCUGUUCUGAACAUAAAAGGACAAAAUAAUAAACAAUUGUUAGAGUCUGAGACCAAACAGGAAUCCCUAAUGCAUCUUCAUUCAGAGGAAAGUAUUCAAAAGCCACUCUGUGUUGGUUUUAAAAGAACCUCUACUUUGACCGUUCAAGACCAAGAGGAGUUAUGUAAUGGAAAGUGCAAGUCAAAACAGCUUUGUAGAUCUCAGAGUUUACUUUUAAGAAGUAGUACAAGAAGGAAUAGUUAUAUUAAUAUGCCAGUGGCUGAAAUUAUCAUGAAACCAAAUCUUGGACAAGGCAGCACAAAUGUGCAAACAGCUAUGGAAGGUGAACUCGGAGAGUCUAGUACCACAGUCAAUAAAAGACUCUGCAAAAGUACAAUAGAACUUUCAGAAAACUCUUUACCUCCAGCUUCCUCUAUGUUGACUGGCACACAAAGUUUGCUACAACCUCAUUUAGAGAGAGUUGCCAUCGAUGCACUACAGUUGUGUUGUUUGUUACUUCCCCCACCAAAUCGUAGACGGCUUCAACUUUUAAUGCGCAUGAUUUCGCGAAUGAGUCAAAAUGUUGAUAUGCCCCAACUUCAUGAUGCAAUGGGUACAAGAUCACUGAUGAUACAUACUUUUUCUCGGUGUGUGUUACGCUGUGCUGAAGAAGUAGAUCUUGAUGAGCUUCUUGCUGCACGAUUAGUUUCUUUCUUGAUGGACCAUCAACAGGAAAUUCUCCAAGUACCCUCUUACCUACAGACUGCAGUGGAGAAACAUCUUGACUACUUAAGAAAGGGCCAUAUUAAAAAUCCUGGAGAUGGAGUGAUUGCUCCUUUGCCAACGUAUUCAUACUGUAAACAAAUUAGUGCUCAGGAGUUUGAUGAACAAAAAGUUUCUACCUCUCAAGCUGCAGUUGCAGAACUUUUAGAGAAUAUUAUUAAAAAUAAGAGUUUGCCUAUAAAGGAGAAAAGGAAAAAACUAAAACAGUUUCAGAAGGAAUAUCCCUUGAUAUAUCAGAAAAGAUUUCCAACCUCUGAAAGUGAAGCAGCACUUUUUGGUGACAAACCUACAAUCAAGCAACCAAUGCUAAUUUUAAGAAAACCAAAGUUUCGUAGUUUAAGAUACUAAUUGAAUUGAAAAUUAUGUAAUACUUGUGGAACUUUGGUAAGUGAAGCCAUAUCUAAGAAUUCAGCUACUAAAAAGGAAGUCUAUUUAUCAAUAAGGUUUUUCUAAAUAAAACAUUAUGUAGGGAAGUGCCAAAAUAGUUUUUAUCAAUGUGAAACUGCUGAGAAACUAGUGAAUCUCAAUGGAGAGCAAGUGACAAUAGGUGAUACCAAAUAUUUUAAUCAGAAAUAAUCUUUUGUUUUUUAUACAACUAUCUGGAAAAGCUAUCAUGAUGUGUGCUAAUGUUUCAUUUACUUGAAUUUUGAAAAAUGACAUUUGCUCUUCAAGAUUAAGCUGUAAUUUAAAAAAAAAACAAAAAACAACUUAUCUGCAUGUGCUUAUGGAUGUUAGCUUAAAGAACUAGUUGUUUAGGAUUACUUUUGUUUCUAAGUGUAAGAAUGUGAAGAAUAUUUGAAAAUUCAGUGAAUUAAUUUUCAACUGCUAAAU